AAGGCAAGGGAUUUCGGCUCCCCUCGAGUUCUGUCGGCUGGCUGGACGCGACGGAAGAGAGGAGAAUCUCCGCGGAGGUUUAGUCUAGUGGUCAAGGGCCUUGGCCUUGCUACGCAACAACGGGCAGCAGGGGAGGGUCCGAAUGGGGUUGGAUAUGAUGCAAAGAAGGAUAGGCCUAUACCCAUUCGAAGGUCCGUACUGGCUCGGCCCAGGGAUCAUUCCGUUCUGUGUGUUAUUUUCGGGUGGGCGACGGGGAAGGGUGCAAGGGGUCGUUGUUGCUCUGGGCGGUGGGGGGCUUCAGCUUCACCGAACCUUUUUUCUUUUUGUUGUUGUUUUUCUUCUCUUUUUGCUGCAUAGAAUGGGAAAGUAUCCCGGGCUUCCUACUAUAUACAGUACGAUAGUCGAAAACUGGGCUAUAUGUACGAGAAUGGUCUCGCCCAGCCAUUCUUAAUAGGCGGAGAACGAAGCCACUGGUGACGACAUUGGACCCAAGCAUAUACACAAUCUCCUGAAUUUCCCUCUGAUACCUUGGACAUG